GUGAGGGUCUGGCGUUACCUGAAAGGCAAAGACAUCGUCACUCAUGAGAUCCUCUUGGACGGUGGCAACAAGGUGGUUAUCGGAGGCUUCGGCGACCCCUUAAUCUGCGACAACCAAGUCUCGACUGGAGACACGCGGAUUUUCUUCGUCAACCCUGCCCCGCAGUACCUGUGGCCGGCGCACCGCAACGAGCUGAUGCUGAACUCCAGCCUCAUGCGGAUAACGCUGCGGAACCUGGAAGAGGUGGAGCACUGCGUGGAAG